UACCAAACCCUCCUAGCUCUGUCCUCAAACCCGCGUACAGGCGCCAGCGGACAUUCUCAACCCAGCCCCACCCCCCAGGAGGCUGCCCGGCCAGGCUCCAGCUCCUCCCAGAUCCCUCUGUGGUACUGUGAGUCACAGACUGUUCAAGUCUGUGCAUUUCAUUCUGAGUCACCUGACAGGAGCUUUGCCCAGGAUCAAGACGGACUCAAGUGUCUACAAAGCAGGAAUAGAAGGAACAGAAGCAGCAGCAACGCCAGGAAUCUCCAAGAUAGAAGCAGUAGGGAGACUCUCUAAUCCCCAGAGCAGAUACUGACUCUGAAGAGCACCGAGGGAGAGAGGCCAGAAUCCCUGCAAAGCAGAGAGAAGAGCCCAGGCAGAAGACACCUGAGACCCUCUCAGAUGGAUGAGCUCUGUGAAGCCAAUGGCUCUUUUGCCAUCAGCCUAUUAAAAAUGUUGGGUGAAAAAGACAAGUUACGGAACGUGUUUUUCUGCCCCCUGAGUUUGAGUUCUGCCCUGGCCAUGGUCUACCUCGGAGCCAAAGGAAACACCGCUGCCCAGAUGUCCCAGGUGCUUGGUUUGAGUGAAGAUGAAGAUGUUCACCAACAUUUCCAGACACUCCUCACCGAAGUUAACAAAACUGGCACUCAGUACUUGUUAAAAAGUGCUUGCCAACUCUUUGGAGAAGAAUCAUGUGAUUUCCUUUCGACCUUCAAGGAAUCCUGCCAGAAGUUCUAUCAGGCAGGGCUGGAAGAGCUGUCCUUUGUUAAAGACACGGAAGGGUGCAGGAAGCACAUCAAUGACUGGGUGGUGGAAAAGACUGAAGGUAAAAUUUCUGAAAUCCUGAGUCCUGGAGCGGUCUGCCCACUGACUAAGCUGGUUCUUGUGAAUGCCAUGUAUUUCAAAGGGAAGUGGAAGGCUCAGUUUGACAGGAAGUACACAAGGGGCAUGGCCUUCAAGACUAACCAGGAGAGAAAAACAGUGCAGAUGAUGUUCAAGCAUGCGAAAUUUAAGAUGGGGCGUGUGGAUGAGGUGAACAUGGAUGUCCUGUCUCUGCCCUACGCAGACGAGGACCUGAGCAUGUUAAUUCUGCUCCCUGAUGAAAACACUGAUCUCGCUGUGGUGGAAAAAGCACUCACAUACGAGAAGUUCCGAGCCUGGACAAACCCAGAAAACAUGACAGAAAGCAAAGUUCAGGUUUUUUUCCCCAGAUUAAAGCUGGAGGAGAGUUACGACCUGGAGUCUUCUCUUCAGAGUCUGGGAAUGAUAGAUGCCUUUGAGGAAACCAAGGCAGACUUUUCUGGAAUGACAACUAAGAAGAAUGUGCCUGUGUCCAAGGUCUCCCACAAGUGCUUUGUAGAGGUCAACGAGGAAGGCACUGAGGCAGCUGCGACCACUGCAGUUAUCAGGAAUGCCCGGUGCUGUCGAGUAGAACCGAGGUUCUGUGCAGACCGCCCAUUCCUCUUCUUCAUCUUGCACCACAAAACGAGCAGCAUCUUGUUCUGUGGCAGGUUCUCUUCUCCAUAAAGCCAGUAAGAGGCUGAGGCUUGGGCUCAGUUUGUAGAGUGUCUGUGCAGCAUGCAUGAGGACCUGAAUUCAGCCCUAAGCACCCUUUAAAACUAGGCGUGGUGGUGCCUGCCAGCCAUUCUAGCAUUUGGGAGGUACAGGGCAAGGUCAUUCUCAGCUACAUAUAAAACUUGAAGCGAGUCUGCUAUGCAGAAGAUCUUGUCUCAAAAAUUAAAACAAAAACAAAAAUAGAAAAAACAAUCCACCAAACCCAAAAUAACAAAAACAAAACAAAACAAAACAAAAAUACAAGAGAGUGUGAUGUGUGAUUGCCUUAUACACCAUUCUUCGCCAUAUGCCCAAAUUAAAAUUCCUCGUUACCAGGUUGGCAAGGUGAUUUCAAUGUAAAAAUAGAAAAAAAAUAAUAUGCUUAAUAGUUGAUGAACACCUUUGUUGACAGUUCCGAUGCCCUGUGUGGGAGUUUGGAGCUGAGAAGACCAUGCUUGGUUUGGAGUGUGAGAGGUGGUUCUCAUUGUCUCGAGUUUUAUUCACAACCCUCAGCUCCUAAGGUGCUGUACCACUCUGCUAACAUCUUUGAGCUGUGGCCCCCCCCCCCCCCGACAGACUUACCAGGUCUCCCAUUCACAAAGCCAAGGGUGAAAGCUAUAGAAUAACUGCUCUAUCUGCCCUGUGUCUCCCAAGUAGCUGAGACAGUAUCUCACUUCAUCAGUGUUACCAAGAGUCUUCUAUGUCCCAUGGUUCAGUCAACUCUUCCCACAAGUUUCAAGAACAAGUUCAGGCACUCAGCAGCAAGCAUCAAAGCAGAGUUGGGAGACAAGGCUCAAAAGUGUGGUCCUUAUCUCCCCCUACUCUUUCCAAUGCACGCAGCUCCAAAGAAAACUUCACUGAAUGAUUCUUAUAAACAACUCUCUAGUUAUCCACAUGCUCAGAUGUGAAUCAAAUGCUCCCCUGAUGACCUAAAUGCAUAUACAUGCCAGUAUCAUUACUCAUCAGGUUGUAUUUAUACAGGUAUGUGUGUAACAAUUACAGAAGUCAUGAAUAUAACAGGGAAUGAGGGGCCAGAGGAGGAGUUGGCUGAGAAGUGAGGGGUGGGAAUGUAGAGUACUUAUUUAUGAGAUUCUAAAAAUAAAAUUAAAAAUUAAAUAAAAUGAAGACAAUUACAUUUUUUGGCUAGAUAUAAUUUCUAUAUGGCAGAAAAUGGGAAAUUAUAAGAAAUGUACAAAGAAAAUUUAAAUCAUCUGCAAGUCCUUUGCUCAGAAAUUGCCACUAAUACGGAUAUGCAUUGUCUCUGUUAUGUGUGUGCAAAUACAAAUUCAUAAUAUUUUAGCACAGGAUAAUGAUCAUUUUGUAGCUUAUUUUCACCCUUAGAGUAAGUCUUGCUCAAGACAAUUAUCAUUCAGUGUCAAUAUCUUGAGGUGCAUUAAUUUUCAGGAUGAGGAGGCAUUUUUCUGUAACUGAACCUACUUAGACAGUUUGGAAAAUUAAGCAUGCAUUGCAGACUACUGUGUUGAAUAUUCUCAAUAUUUGAUCAAGCUGUUAAUUUCUGAAUCAAUAUUACUAAAAUGAUAAUACUGUCAGCGUAGUGUUUAGCUAUGUGUUAAGACAUCCAAAUUGAUCUCCAAAAAGUUGAGCUGGCUUAGUCUCCCACUUCGGUUUUCAUUACAGUACACUAACUAUUGCGGGUCCUAUUAAUGUUUAACGAGGGAGACUAAGUAACGGUGACUCCUGACUCUGCUUUAUUCUCAGUUGACAGAAUCGUGCACAGUGUAAUUCUUCAUUAAAUCUCACCAAGCUGUUCAGAAAGUGUCCUCAGGCCGCUGUCAGCUCAGGAGCUAGGCUUUCCAAAGCAGGUUUGGCUACAGCCCAACCAGAGGACUAGGGAGUAUGACUGUGAACUUUGAUCCGAUUUCCAUCUCUAAUUUGGAAUUACAGGUUUCAUGAGGUAUAGUUAGAAUAGAAAUAAUUGAAUGUGCAGUUCAGUAAGUUCUGAAACAUGGGCCCCUGAUGCCACCUGCACAGUUAGCAUGCAGAACAUGGCCAUCACACCUGCAAAUUUUCUCUGAAAACUUUGGGACAUUUUUUUUAAAGACUUUAAAAUUUUUUCAUUAAAAUAUAACUUUGUCAUUUUUUCCCCUUUCUUCACGUCCCUCCUACUGGUCCAAAGUCCACCCAUAGUUUUUUUUUUUACAUAUUCAUAUAAGUGGAUCAACAUACAGAUGCCAACUGCUGAACCCUGUUCAAUGUGGUAUGCGUGCAUUUGUCUCUAGGUCUGACCACUCAGUUUGAGAUAACCAGCCCUGGGGUACUUCCCCAGCGAUGACUAAUUCUUCUUCUCUCAGCAGAUGCUAAUUGUUUGCAGCUUUUCGUCUAAGGGUGUGGCCCUAUGGAAACUUUCUAUCGUUAUGUCAGCUAUUGCUGGAAUUUGAAAGUUUUGUAGGUAGGCAUGGUGUUGAGAUUUCACUGUUUCACCUACCUGUUAGAGAGAGAAGGCACAAUCUCACAAUAGAUUUCCUGGUCCUCUGGCUCUUACAGUCUUUCUGCCCCUCUUCUGUGAUGUUCCUAUGUACCCUUUCAAUUCAUCCCCUGUGUUCAGUUUCAGCCACUUACCCCCCCCUUCCCACUCUCAGGCAACCGCUUCCUAAUUAAUUUAUGUUGUUAAAUACUGUGUAUUAUUCUUAUAAUUUCCUGAAAAUAUUUUUAGAUUUUCCUUCAUUACAUUAUACUAUACACAUAUAUUACAUUAUUUAUAUAUAUAUAUGUGUGUAUAUAUAUAUAUAUAUAUAUACACAUAAAUAGUUUCUUUUGUUUCUACUUAAUAUGUCAUUGUAUAGACAUAAUACAAUUUGUUUAUCCAUUCAUAAUUGUAUGGAUAUUUGCAAUGUUAUCAAGGUUUGAUUAGUGUAAAUAAAGUUUUUAAGAACACUCAUGUUCACGUAUGUGUUUACUAAUGUUUUCACUUCUUUUGACUGACUACAUAGUAUGGGAACGUCUUAGUUAUAUGGAGGGGGUGCACAUAUAACAUUAAGAAACUGCCACGCCUCUUGUGGUGGCAUUUGUUUAAUCCUAGAACUCAUAGAGGAGAUGAAGGCAUCUCUAUUAAAUAGUCUGUUAGAGCAGAGUGUCUGAGGCCAGCCUGGACUACACAGUAAAUUGCAGGCCGGUAGGAGCUAUUCAGGGAGACCCUGUGUCAGAGAGUGAGAGAGCAAGAGAGAGAGACAGAGAGAGACAGAGAGAGCUUCCAAACAGUUUGCCCAAGUCAGUUUUAUUAUUUAAUAUUUCCAACAAAGAUGUAAUUGCUGUACAUGCUAAACAAAAUGUGGUUGACCAUCAAUGUUCUUUUAUAUAAAGUGUCGCAAGUCAUAAUGGUUUUAGUUUGAAUUUAUCUUAAAAAAUGAUCAUGUUCAGCAUUUUUCCACCAUGGGAAAAUAACUUUUGAAAUUUCUCACCCAUAUUAUGCCUGCUUAUAUUAUUUUAUUGAGAAAUAAAAUGAAAGCAAAUUAUCAAAUAA